AGGCGUACGUCCCUCCCACUCCCAGUUUUAGUAUACCUUAGCGUUUGCUGAGGAGAGAAAAGGGCCAUGAAUUCUAAGCAUGAUGAUGAUGAGGUGCAGAAGAUUGAGUCUUGCUUUGUACAGCCCAGCAAGAUGUUACCCAGGCAAGCUCUCUGGCUCUCCCCUCUCGACAUCAUCAAGGCGAGUAGAGGCCAUACUCCGCUCGUGCACUUCUAUCAACACGGUGAUGAUGCUGCCGCCGACUUCUUCGACGUCGGCGGGCUCAAGAAGGCCAUGGCCAAGGCCCUGGUCGCAUUCUACCCCUUUGCUGGUCGCCUCACCACGGACGCCGACGGCCGGCCCAGUAUUGACUGCAACAACGAGGGCGUUCUCUUUGUUGUGGCUCGUUCAGAGCAGCUCACUGUUGAUGCCUUCAGCAACCUCAAGUCCUUGCCAGAGUUACGGAGGUUGUUCAUCCCCUGCAUCGAGCCGCCGUCCACUGUGCUCGCCAUACAGGUGACCUUCUUGCGGUGCGGUGGUUUGGCAUUAGGGUCGGCAGUACACCACUCCGCCGUCGAUGGCCAUAGCAUGUUCCACUUCCUCCAGGCAUGGUCUUACCUGUGCAGGGAAGGUGACGACGCUGCUGAGGCGGUGAUGGAUCCCCCCUGCCACAACCGCGCUCUCCUCCAACCACGCUCCCCGCCCGUCGUCCACCCGGAUGCACUCGCCAUGUUCAGCCCCAAAACCAACCUCCACGAGCGCCCCCCCGGCCGCCCCGUCUCCACGAAGAUCUUCGCCAUCUCCGACGACGAGGUGGCCGCCCUCAAGGCGAUGUGCGGCGGCGCGAGCACCUUCACCGCCGUCAGCGCCCUCGUCUGGCGCUGCGCGUGCGCCGCGAGGCGGCUCCCGCCGGACGCCCGGUCGAAGCUCAGCUUCCCGGUGAACAUCCGUCGCCGCGUGCGACCCACCCUCCCGGACCGCUACUUCGGCAACGCGAUCGUCACCGCGUUCGUGGCGACCGCGGUGAGGAACAUCGUCGCGUCGGGGUCAUCAUCGGCGACGGAGACCACGACGGCGUCGUUGGCCAAGGUCGCCGCGCGGAUAAGCGGCGUGAUGCGCCGCCUGGCCGCCGACAACAAGGAGCUGCUGCGGUCGGCCGUCGACUACCACGAGAUGGCGGCGACGGCGACGUCGCGCUGGCGGCGCCCGGACAGGGGCAGCCUGCCGGAGACGGAGCUGCGGGUCAUCAGCUGGCUGCACCUGCCGCUAUACGACAUGGAUUUUGGAUGGGGUUUCCCGCGGAUGAUGUCCCGUGCAGAGUCGGUACGAGGCGGGUUCGUUCACGUGAUGAGUGGCAGGCCAGCCGACGGUGGUGGCGUUCGCGUGCUAGCAUGUUUGGAGGCUGAAAACAUGGACGAGUUUGAGCGAUUGCUUUCUGCCAAGUUUACCUAUGCAAGGAUUUAGCAGUUUGGAUAUAGUAUAUUUUUAUUGUGGUCUAUCAUUUGGCUUCGCCAUAUUAUGUAAUUCUUGUCCAUGUUCUUUCCUUGUUACAAUAUUUGCCAUGUGCGAGAAACUAAUUUAGGCAUGUUUUGUAGAAUUAUACUACUCCCUCCAUUUCAAAAUACUCUCUCUAUUCCAUAAUAUAAGACACAACCACUUUUGUUA